AUGAAUACAACAGAGAUAGAUUCACCGGGUUUAAGUUUGCUUCAAUUAUUGACAUUAACUGUCUGUAUGGCCGGCGUUCAGUUUACUUGGACGGUUGAGCUAUCAUAUGGUACACCUUAUCUAUUAUCACUGGAUCUGUCAAAAGAACUUACUGCACUUGUCUGGUUAGCUGGUCCUCUGUCAGGGUUACUUGUUCAGCCGUUGAUUGGCGCCUUUAGUGAUAAAUGCACUUCAAGAUUAGGCAAAAGAAGACCAUUUAUUAUUGUUUCUGGCCUGUUAACAUGUAUAUCGAUGCUUGGCAUUGCCUAUGCAAGGGAGAUUGGACGCUGGCUGGCUACCUUGACGUCACAGGACAAUGGUUGGAUUGAUGAAAAAGCUCACACCAAUGCCAUUCUUGUGGCCGUUGUGUCAUUUUACUUUUUAGAUUUUACAUUAAAUGCGACUCAAGCCAUAUGUCGGGCACUCAUUCUUGAUAUACCUCCCCUUUGGCAACAGGAACUAGCAAAUGCGUGGAGCGCUCGUAUGAGUAAUACCGCGAUGGUAGUCGGUUACUUUGUAGGAUUUGUAGACCUUGUUACGUAUUUUCCUUGGGUAGGCGAUUCACAAGUCAAGGUGUUUUGCAUCAUUGCCAUUGUCGUAUUUAUUGUCACUUUGACAAUCACUUGUGUUACAACCAAAGAAAAACUGAAUGAAAGAGCAGAAGAACAAGACAUCAGCCAGCCUUGGUAUAGCACUUUUUAUUACAUCUGGAAGGCAUUUCGAUUUUUACCUCGACCUAUCCAAACCUUGUGCAACACCCAAUUCUUUGCUUGGAUGGGAUGGUUUCCGUUCUUGUUCUACAGUACACAGUGGGUUUCCGAUAUCUAUUUUGCUACACAUCCAUCAGCACCCGAGGGAAGAGAUUGGGCUGAAGGUACACGAGCAGGAUCAUUUGCUCUAUUAUGUUACUCGGUUGUCUCUGUUCUGGCAGGACUUGUCAUACCUGCCUUGGCUGCACAAUUUAAAAGAGUGAAACUGCUGAAUAUUCUCAACAUCUAUACCUUAUCUCAUUUGACUGUCGCAACUGCUUUGCUUUCCACCUGGUUUGUUAAAUCAGUGACCACAGCAACUCUUAUUCUAGCCAUCAUGGGUAUCCCUUGGGCCAUUGUACUGUGGAUUCCGUUUUCGCUAGUCGGUGAAUACGUCAGCGUAGAAGAUGAGAGAAGGCAGCAGCAACAGGUCAAUGGAAGCAGUUCAAGCUAUUCUCAGCUCGAACAACAAGAAGAAUUUGAUGCAGGCAUGAUCUUGGGUGUUCACAACAUGUAUGUUGUGUUCCCUCAAUUUGCUGUAGCCAUCGUUUCUUCAUUUAUCUUUGCUGCCAUUAAAGAUACUCAGUCUCUGUCGAGUGUGACACCUGUUUUGAUUUUUGGGGGUCUUAUGGCUUUAGUGGCUGCUGGUUUUAGUAGAUCCAUCAUACGUGUUGUUAAAUAA